AUGUACAAUUUUUUAAUUUUAUGGCUUAAAUUUGAGCAUUCGGUAUUAGUUUUACCCCUACAAAAUUACUAUGUACUGUAUGUACAAAGAAUGCACAAGAUUACAUAAUCUGUUGCAAGACAAAAUGUAAUAUUCAGUACUAGAGGAAGUUAAGAAAUUGUAACAUCUUGCUGAAGAGGAGUGUUAAUCAAGAUUAAUGAGCUGCUGAUAAGAUUCUGCUAAUAUUUUACAAGACACAUUUGAAGUUUCUCCUGAAUUCGGGAAUGAGAAACUGCCUCUUCUAUUAUUGCAACAAAAGAAAUUAUUAUGUCAAAAUAUUUGAUGCUCCCUAUCGCAAGACAUUUGUCAUUUUCCUGUGCUUGUGCCUGCUGGAGAAAUGUAUUACCAGUAUUUGGACAAGGGGGAUUUGCUUCAGUUAUUAAAAGGAUUCACACUUCAGGCUUUGCCGCUCAAAAGCAAAACGGUGCUGUAAAUGUUUUUGAUCGCCACAGCAAGUUACUACAGAGGGAGAGAGCUGCUAGAGAUCCAGAUGUUGCCAUUUAUGAUUAUCUGAAGGAGGAGGUUGGCUAUCGUUUGUCAGAUCGUAUUUUGGAUGUAAAACGUGAAUUGAAGACUGGUUUAGACCUGGGCUGUGGAAGAGGCUUUGUCGCCAAGAAUAUUACAGAUGCUGAAUUACAACAUCUUUAUAUGAGUGAUUUUUCUCCGGCAAUGUUGGAAACUGCGCAGACGCCAGAAAAUGUUGGAUUUACUAAAUUGAUAAUUGAUGAAGAACAAAGAUUUCCACUGGAGUCCAAUUUUUUUGAUCUGGUUAUUUCAAAUCUCAACCUUCACUGGGUAAAUAAUCUUCCUGGAUGCCUAAAGGAAGUUCAUAGAGUGUUGACAAAUGAUGGAGUGUUUUUAGCAUCAAUGUUUGGAGGAGACACUUUAUAUGAGCUUCGUUCAUCGUUGGUGCUAGCGGAGCUAGAAAGGGAAGGGGGGUUUUCCCCCCAUGUAUCGCCAUUUACGGAGAUUCGUGACAUUGGAGGCCUUCUCAACCAGUGUGGCUUCACCAUGCUCACCAUUGAUGUAGAUGAAAUAAUUGUGGGUUACCCUUCAUUAUUUGAACUGAUGAGAGAUUUACAAGGGAUGGCAGAAAAUAAUGCAGGCAUUAGCCGAAAAUCUCACCUGCAUCGUGACACCCUUUUAGCUGCGUGUGCCAUUUAUCAAGAGAUGUAUGGGAAAGAGGAAGGAAUUACAGCCACCUUCCAAAUUAUCUACAUGAUUGGCUGGAAACCUGACCCGAAGCAGAAAGUAAACGUUGCAGAACGAGGCAGUGGUCAAAUCUCCCUUAAAGAUCUGCAUAAGCUUGAUGAAAUGGUUCGUGAGGCUGGCAUGGAGGGCAGGAUAAAGUUUAUGAAGGAUGAAGUAACUGAUGGUGGUAAAGGUAAAAAAGGUUAGAGCUGUGAUAAUGAUAGGUUAGCAAGAAUAGAUAUAUUAAUGCACUUAAGUUGGCAUAAUUCUAAAGAGAUUUCUUUUGUUUUUAUUAGGGGGGUCGAUUUUGAAAAUCAGUUUUAUGGGUAUAAUUUGUUUACAGUGUGGCAGUAAAUUGUAUUUUUAUAUGAUUAAUGAUAUAUUUAUAAACAAGAUGCAUUGAAUCAUGAAUUCUAAAACUAAUAUUCAGUAUUUUGAGCACGCUUAUAAAUUAAUCUUCCUAACAUGACAUUAUUGUAUUCCCUUUAAACUUCCAAAAUAAUAUAGCAUAGGCCAGGCUUUAGUAUUUAAUAAAAUUUCAUAUUUUUUUAUUUAAGAUGUUGCACGAGAAUAGUGAUAUCACUAAGUCAUAUUGUCGAAUUUCCUUUGUUGUGUAACUUGCAUUAGAUAUAUCCUGAAGAAGCUACUGAGAGAUGUAUAAUUUUUGUACGGUAUCAUAAAGCCAUACCUGUUUCUUCAGGCAGCAAUGGCUAAGUAAAAGGCUCAAUUUUAAUGUAUUUACUUCAAAGCCACAUAAGCUAGAUAUAAACUAGCCUCUGUACCCAAAUAUAAUACCACAUCAUUGACCAAGUUUAAGCACAAUACCAUGAAAGCUUUGUUCUUGUGCCUGCUUGAUAAACUUGUUAUUGUUGAAUACUUAAAACAAUUUUGUCAUGACUAUCACAUUGGUAUUUGGUACUGUUUUUGGGUGGCUUAUGUUGUAAAAGCUUGCAACUUCCUCGUAUGUAGUUUUGGUAAUUGUAUAUUUUUGUUGCAUAGUUAUUUUAUAUUGAAAUACAAAGAAUAUUGUUUAAA